UAACCGGAUUCUGUGUUUCAGAGGUCACACUGUUCGUCCACCAUGUGCGCUUCUAUCUAUUUUUAACAUUCAGACACACUGCUGACAUUAGUACACUCAGCCUUAAAGUGACUAAGCUGAACACCAGCAAGGAGCUGACCGUAUUAACACGGCUGGGGACAGAUGAUCACUGAAUACUGUUCCAUUUUCAGCCACAUGGGGGAGAAAAGAUAAACAACAAAUCAGCUCCCUGUAUGAUGUUGAAUGCAGCUCAGUGUGGUCAGAUUCACAUUUUGAUGUAAGGAAUCAUUUUCAGAUGAGAAUUCAAGCCCAUGCAAUUCAUACUGGUUUGUAGACAUGGUAAGACAAAAGGCUCCAGCAUCCAAGCUGCACAGACACUGUGAGAGCUGCUACAGUCGGCGCUGCAGAGCUCCCAUUGAGAUCUCCGUGUCAUGCAUGAUCAUAAAGUGCCGCUUGCUCUGUGGCGCCACCUUUCACAUGUGCAAAGAGGAUGAACACAUGCUGCUGUGCCCUAACGAGAAGGUGCCCUGCCUCAAUGCCCACUACGGCUGCCCUUUCACCAUGUGCCGCUCCAAGUUAGCCAAGCAUCUGCAAGUGUGUCCCGCUAGCGUGGUGUGCUGCUCAAUGGAGUGGAACCGCUGGCCCAUUGAAGAGGCUGAGCCUCCUGAGUUCUACCAGAACAUCUUAACGAAGAAUUACACCCAGGAGCCACUGGACCUGUCCAUGGCUCUCCGGGACCAGACGUAUCUCUUUCAGUCCCUUAAAAUGAAGGCUCUUUUUCCUGAGCUUGUUGAAAAGGUAGAGGAGGAACCUGGAGUUCAGGAACUGGAAGGAGCUGUUGGAGGGGUGUUGAAUGGUGUGGAGGAAGCCUCUACUUCUGAAGGUGCUGACUUAGUAGAUGCUGAAUUUCAGGAAAGGCCAUUAACCCAAGAAGAGAGAGAGGCAUUAGCAAGGGAUACUAAUGUCUCAGGUAUUGGAAAGUACAACGUCUGGGAGAAAAUGUUCAGCAUGGAGCUGAGUGGUUGCAAGCACACUAUUAAAUCACUGGGUACAAACCCACCCUCCAAUGGUAAAGAGCUCAAACCCCAAGCAAAUCCAAACAGGCUAGAGAUCUUACCGGAGGAGCCACAGAAACACGCCAGGGAAUCCAGUACACUUUUGGAAACGCCAUAUUUCAAUCCAUUUGAAAUGGACGAGCGCAAGUUUCUGAUAGCAACAUCAUUGUUUGCUUGCGAUACUCGCCCAAAGAAGAAACUCAUAUAUGAGCAUCUGGAGCCCAUGAAGAUUAAGACAGUGAGGACGUUCAAGAUACCCACCAGCUUUAAGGCAAGACCAAGUUACAUUCGCAAUCCUGGUCGUUACAAAAGGGUUAGCAAAUCUGUCGACACAUCAGACCUGGGCAUUGACAUGGAUGAGAUGCCAAAAUGGGAUGAGGUUCAAGCGACCCUUUUGUGCUCUUUGGAAAAAGAACGAAGAGGACACCUGAUCGCAGAGGCCACUUCUUCAGAUGCCCUCUUGAUGAGUGAGGGAACUCAGACUUAUGACUUUUUCUCUGUUCCUUUCAAAGUAGAUGCCACUCUGGCAGACAUCACUGCAGAUAGGUCUUUGCAGCUUCAUGUCCAGAUUCAGACCGAGAGUGUCACCAACAAACACAAUAAAUCAAGCUCUGCAUUUACGUAUCUCUGCUGCCAUUCGUUCAGACGAGAUGAGUUUUCUUCUCACUUCAGGAAUGUUCACUCAGAUAUCCAAACCAAUUUGAACGGCUGGUUUGAGCAGAGGUGUCCUCUGGCUUAUCUGGGCUGCACCUUCAUCCAGAGACGGUUCCAGCCUUCCACACACAGAGCCACUGUCUCCUAUGAUAAAGAGCUCAGCACAUUUACCAUCAGACCCGAAGUGUCGUCCAUCCUUUAUGAAGGUGUGAGGACGGUAUCCACAGAAAGGAAGCGAGCGCGAAACCUGGACGCUCUGAGCAAGCUGCCUUUUGAGGUUCUAGUCCACAUCGCUGGGUUUCUAGACAGCUUCACUCUGUCUCAGUUUGCUCUGGUAUCCCGCCUAAUGAGAGAGGUCUGUGGCACACUGCUGCAAGAAAGGGGCAUGGUCUCAUUGAAAUGGGAGAAGAAGGUCUAUUCUCAUGGAGGCUGGUGCUGGAGAAGCAGACAAAAGGUCUGGCAGUUCAGCAACGUGUUCUCGACUGUGGAUAAGUGGUGCUUCGACGAGUUUCCUCCAAUGUCUGAGCAUCUUAAGGUCUGCCCUUAUUAUCAGACGGAGAACAGAACAGAACCUGUACACCUAACUUCUGUCCAGGAAUGCCAUAAAAAAGAAAAGAAGACUCAGAGUCUUGUUUCCAUGUUUUUAAAAAAUAAGUAGGAUUUGCAUUGCUCCUGUUUACUUAUAACUCCUGCUACCCAUAAUACAACAAAGCCUGUACUUUGGUUUUGAUUAAUAAAACUGAAGUCUGCAUA